AUGUCUUCAUCUUUAGAAGAUAACAAUGAUGAUCAAUCACAUCAUGGAGCAGAUGAAUCAGUCACAAUCAUCAACAAAGAUGAUCUGCAACAUGAUAAUGAAGACGAUGACAAUGAUGACAAUGUUGAUGUUGUGACAAAGCCUCUGUUAUCACUAUCAAAGACAUCUAAAGCAUUGCCACAUCACAAUAGAUCAAUGAGUAAUAACAGUGACUACAGUGGUAGCAGUAGCAGUAACAACAACAAUAAUAACAACAACACAAGAUUCGUAACAGGUAGUGGAGGAGAGAUAAUCAUUAUAACAUCAGGUAGCAAUAAUGGUACACCAACAACAAGCAAUAACAAUAACAACAUUGGAAUCAAUAUAAGUAAUAGUAGUAAUAAUAUGAAUAGUAGUUAUCAGAGUGAUGCCAGCACCAAUGAUUACAGCACGAAUACAAUGGCAGCGAUUGACCGCGAGGCCAAGACACGUAGCGAACCAUUCACAUUCCACCACUCGAUGAUGGUCGUCAUCAUGGUGGUCAUCUACCUGAUGCUCAUAACCUUCUUCAUGAUCAUGUACAGGUUCGCAGCACAAUCCACAUUCUCAUACUAUAUGUUCCUGAUCGUGCGCCCAUUGCCCAUGGUGCCACUGCUCCUGAUCAUUCCAUUGUAUGGCAUCAAUGAUGAAAAGACCAGGCGCUAUUCAAUCUGCAUCGCAGUGGCGCUGGUACUAUCCUUCAUCUCUGACGUCUUGCUGUCGGCCGAGGUCAACGCGUCCGCGGCGUCACGUGCCGGCACGGGCUACUCACCGGGGCUCUACUACGCCUCAUUCACUUUCACGCUGUUGGCACGCGUCGCAUACACGACGGCCUUUGUCGUUGGAAUUGGCAAGAGUAUCAAGAUCAGACUGUUCCACGCGAUCCCAUUUUAUGCAUUCAGUGCCACAAUGGUGCUGAUGAUCGUCUUUUCAAAGCAGAUUGCGCCGGUGCUCAUCCCACCGCACCAUCCAUUUGGUGCAUCGUCCGGCCUCGACCUCAGUGCCAAGUACACUCAUACAUUCGAUUCAUAUACCACGACAACUCUGUCAUCAUCGACCCCUGGCGAUUCUGAGGCAUCGUCAUAUAUCGAGACGUCAUCUUCGACAUCACCAAUCCCUCAGCUGGAUACAGGUAACUUCACACUGGUCAUUAUUUACGCCAUUGUUGAAUCGACGAUGCUGUGGCGUGCUCUGGCACUGGUCAGCAGCUUCCCUGGCACGAACCCAACACGCGCACUCCUAUUUCUGAGUGUGAUAGGUGCCACAGUGUUUGCCAUCACCGAUACAUUGAUCAUCAUAUCCAACUACUACUACCCAAUACAGGGUAUCUUUUAUCUGAGUGCUGGUGGAUUCUGGCUGGGUCACAGUUUGAUCGUCUUCUCGAUACCUAGACGUAUGGACUUCCAGGACUACCUGAACAAGUACAUCAAAACAGGAAGCAGGAGAACGGCAAGCAAGAGGAAGUCCAUGAGAAAGAGUCAACAACAACAACAACAACAACAAUCAUCACAACUGUACCAGUCCAUUCCAAGCAACUGA